AUGGUACUUCUCAUUCCUUCGCCGGAAAUAUCCAGAGUUUUCUGCAACCCUAAUCCCAAUCCCAAAAGCUUUAAAAUCUCGACGAACAUUGAUAAAUUUGGGUUUGGUUCUAGGGUUAGGGUUUCGUCCAAGGUUAGGGAUUGUACGGUUAGGGUUUCGGAAUUCGACCAGAACGUGAGGCUGUACGGACAUUUUUCGGCUCCUGUGAAGCGAGGAGGUUCGAAGCCGAGCAAAGAAGAGGAAAAGAAGCAGGAUUACUAUGUGAAUAUGGGGUAUGCGAUUCGGACUCUGAGAGAGGAAUUUCCUCAGCUGUUUUACAGAGAGCUCAGCUUCGACAUUUACAGGGAUGAUAUCACUUUCAAAGAUCCAAUGAAUACCUUUAUGGGCAUUGAGAAUUAUAAGUCUAUAUAUUGGGCACUGCGUUUCCAUGGUCAAAUAUUUUUCAGGGCCUUGUGGGUUGAUGUCAUUAGCGUAUGGCAGCCCAUGGACAAUGUAAUCAUGGUUCGCUGGACCAUCCAUGGCAUUCCACGAGUCCCUUGGGAUAGUCGUGGUCGAUUUGAUGGAACCUCUGAGUACAAACUUGACAAGCAAGGGAAGAUCUUUGAGCAUCGGGUUGAUAACAUUGCUCUCAAUUCUCCACCACCAAAGUUUCAAGUGCUGACCGUAGCGGAUAUAAUGCAAUCUCUCGGAUGCCCCUCAACCCCAAGGCCAACAUAUUUCAAAAUUUCAUCUUCUUCGUCUUCAAAGAGAACUUGAUGAUGCUUUAAGAUGUCCCAAAAUUUUGGCGUAUGCCGUGAUAUGGCCUAUACUUGAGUACAUAUUGAGCUAGGGCUUGGCAACUACUUAAUGGUAAAAGGUUGGCUCGGAUUGCAAGGGUGUUGCCCUAGUCGACACCGGCACUGCCAGACUUUGGUUGAUGAACUAGCAUUUCCGAAUAGAUUGUACUAAUCUGUUUAAAAACUACUCGUUCUGAGUGAAAGUAGUAUAUUGUACAACCCCCUUGUAUAUUCUGUAUAGUAUGAGAUGAUUAUGGAUUCCGUAGAAUUUCUCUCAUUGUAAUAUCGUAUCGUAGAUAAAACUGAGCACCAGUGAAAAACUGGCAUGAGCAAAUGACACUGUUUUGGAAUA